GCAGGUAACUACUAAAUUAAUUGAAGAUCAACAUUAUCUUCAACAUGCUUCUGAUCACAAUCAUGCUACAGAAGCCACAGAUACUUCACAAGAAGUAUAUCCAUACCUUUCAUCUUAUAAUGCACUUCAUCAAUCUAUUAGAAAAAUUAGAAAUAAGGAUUUACCUGCAGUAUCAAAAUCUUUAAGAGACCUUGUUAUUCCUGAAAAUUUAAAAAAAACCUUAAAUGGUUCUGAUUUUUUAGUUAAAGAUUCUAUAGUGAAUAAUAACAGAAUAUUGCUUUUUACAACUAUUGCUAAU